AUGGACAAGAAAGCCCGGAUCCGUCGUCAGCUCAGAUCGUGCGCCGAGCAAAUGCAACAGCUUCUUGAACAACUAAACCCCAAUCACAACAUCUCCCAAUCUCUGAAGGUCAGCAUCAGCCAGAUCCGUCACUUCAACGAGUUCGACCAGCCUAACGUCCUCUCGCUGUGGCAGGAUCUCCUCCAUGAGCCUCGUGCCCUUCCCUUCCGCGUCGAGCAAUUCAGCCGUCAGGAACAACAGUCCAAGAGUCUUCUCGAUAGAAGGGCUGAGCGCAGUCUCGGUAUCCCGAUUUUUCUUGUCGAUGCCGGUAAUAAUCGCGAACAAGGUCUGCCUGGAGUGCAGAAGAAGGUUGAGGUUCACGAUAUUAUGGAUGAAUUUCAUGAUGCACCAUUGAAGUUGAAGGUCAUGGGAAAGCGCAAGACUGACGACGCAGACGAACUGAUUCAACCUGACAAUGAACGUAAAGGAGGGCUGCUGGGAGAUAAGAAGAAACUUAACGAUCGAAAUAUUAUCGACAAAAGACAUCGUCCAGCGACAAAGUAG